GGGAAACAUAUUGGUGUUUAUUUGGUUUAUUUCGCAUUCAGCCGGACAUAAUGACCUGCUGGCUGCUUUAUUGGAGUUCAUGCUGAGCUACAGAUGACUGACUGUAAAUGAAGCAGGCGUGCUGUUUUCAUCUCUUGACCUCAGCUUUAUUUGAGUUACUAGGAUUUGCAGUAUAAAGACACUUGAGUGAGGAGACAUUAUGACGGAGGGUGUGGAGGUUCAUCAGGCCCAGACAAACAUCGCAGAUGCUGCCACAACCUCUGUAACACGGAGCAGGAUGUCCUCUCUGCAGGCCGUGGAAACAGAUCCUGGGUCUGAGGAGCUGGACCAACAGGAAGAGGCCUCCUCCAGUUUUCACUCCACUGGAGGAGCGGAGGACAGCAGAGGUGGCCCGGUGGCCCCUGAUGGUGGCUGGGGCUGGGUGGUUGUUGCUGCUACCGUUCUGGUCUUAGCGAUGACUCUGGCUUUCCCUUCUUGCAUCGGGAUAUUUUACACAGACUUGCAGAACGACUUCCAAGCCAGCAACACUGAAACGUCAUGGGUGCCAGCCAUCAUGAUGGCAGUGCUGCAUGCAGGCGGCCCCAUAUGUAGUGUUCUCGUGGAGUGCCUCGGUUGCCGUGCAACAAUAAUUAUUGGCGGGAUCCUGAGCGGACUGGGAAUGGUAGCCAGCUCAUUUGCACAGACAUUAGUAGAGCUGUAUAUCACUGCUGGCAUUAUCACAGGAAUGGGAUUCUCUUUGUCUUUCCAGCCAUCGAUUACAAUGGUGGGCCACUACUUUGUGCGGCGGAGGGCGUUUGCCAACGCCUUGUCUUCCACUGGCACCGCACUCGGGCUGAGCACCCUACCAUUGCUAGCCAACUAUCUGCUCAGCAGCUUUGGCUGGCGGGGCAGCUUUCUGGUGCUGGGAGGGGUCCUGCUGAACUGCUGCGUUUGUGGGGCCGUAAUGCGCCCCCUUGGGGCCAAACCAAAGAUGGAAGCCAAAGCCGGACAGAUGAACAAAAGCCAACUCAAAACCAAUUGCCUUUCCAUUACUCAGGAACGAGAGGGUCUGAAAGGCCGUCUGCGGGCCACUCUCUCCACCGUCAUGCCUUUCCUGCGCAGGCACAUGGCUUUCGACCUGCUGUGCAGUAGCCCGUACUUCUGUGCCUACGCUCUUGGGGUGUCCUGGAUGAUGCUGGGCUUCGUGGUGCCCCUGGUUUACCUGGUUCCCUAUGCCACCGCUUACGGCAUGGAGCAAGACCGAGCCGCUCUACUGAUGGCCAUCCUGGGGUUGAUCAACAUCACCGUUCGGCCCGCGACGGCACUGGUUUUUGGGUUGCCUCGCUUCCGUGGAAGCCAUAACUUCGCCUACCUGUUUGCUGCGGCGGUGCUGAUCAACGGAUUAAGCAACUGCAUCUGUGGGAUGGCAACAAGUUUCCCAGUGCUGCUGGCGUAUGUUAUAGUGUUUGGGAUUUCUAUGAGCCUGGUCGGCUCCUUGUUGUUCACCGUACUGAUGGACACGGUGGAGAUGAGCCGCUUCCCAUCCGCCCUGGGCCUCAUCAGUAUUAUGGAGAGCAUCAUGUUUCUGCUUGGCCCGCCGUUAGCAGGGAUCCUGGUUGACAGCACUAGCCAAUACACCUAUGUGUUCUUCGCCUGCAGCAUAAACGGCUCCACCGCUGGUCUCUUCAUCAUGCUGUCCUUCUACUGGCUGGACAGACAGAAGUGCAGGGAGGUCAAGAGCUCCUUCACUCACAAAGACAUUAACUCACUGAAGCCCAGCACUAAGAUGACCAUCGACUGUGAUUACAGUCUAGUGCCUUUACAUGGUAACACUAUCAGAGACUCAGAGACCGAUGUUUGAUGCAUGACCAGUGGAUUUCACCACACUCAGUUUGUUCAUUCACUACACAGCUAGUCUUUUCUUAUCCUUAUCUUGUUAGUGGACAAUCAGAUGUAUUUGUCAUAGCUUAUGUACACAGGUAGAGUGCAGAACGGUUCUUGGACUGCUGGACCAGAAUUGCAGGUUUAACUUUUCACAGUCUUUUUACGUGGGAACUUUAAUCACUUCAGAUCAUCUUGAAAGCAUGUCAGUUAUUACUCUAGCCUCCUCCUUCAGGAUUGCUAACAAAGGCCAGUUGUAAUUGACAUUCACAUUACUGUAAUUUAGGAUCUUCUGGGAACAAAUGACUGUAGAAAACACAGAAUGUGAGAUUGUGCAAUGAAUGAUUUUUUAUUGUUUCUAGAUGCCUUAAAUUAUAAAUGUUAUAUCUUGUAAAUUAUUUGUUUUUGUUUUUUUGUGUGUGUAGAUACUGCUUUUUAAAAUCAGUAACUUUUUUUAUAUAUAUAUAUAUUUGUAUGUA